GGUUCCCUGGUUCCCGGGCCGUCCAGGGGGACGCAGUUGGCGGCGACACCGGAGGGGGGCGGGUCAGGAAGUGGGGGCGUGGCGGCCCGUAGCGGGCCUGGGGCGGCGGAGGGGUUCCGCAAGGCGGAGGGCGGGAGACUCCGGGCCGCGUGGGAGCAGGAGCGCGCCCCGGCCUCCGCGGCGACGAUGGCGGAGGGAGAAGGACCAAUUAUAGAACUGCGCCAAAGAAAAAAGCCAAAGUCUUCAGAAAAUAAAGAAUCUGCCAAAGAAGAGAAAAUCAAUGACACUCCAGUUCCUGAAAGAGCUCCAAAACAUGUAUUAUUUCAGCGCUUUGCAAAGAUUUUCAUUGGCUGUCUUGCAGCAGUUACUAGUGGUAUGAUGUAUGCUCUCUAUUUAUCAGCAUACCAUGAACGGAAAUUCUGGUUUUCCAACAGGCAGGAGCUGGAACGGGAAAUCACAUUUCAGGGUGCCAGUGCCAUUUAUUACUCUUAUUAUAAAGAUAUGUUAAAGGCCCCUUCAUUUGAAAGAGGUGUUUAUGAACUGACACACAAUAACAAAACUAUAUCUCUGAAGACUAUAAAUGCAGUGCAGCAAAUGUCUCUAUAUCCAGAACUUAUUGCCAGCGUUUUGUAUCAAGCAACUGGUAGCCAUGAGAUUAUUGAGCCAGUGUAUUUCUAUAUUGGCAUUGUUUUUGGAUUGCAAGGGAUAUAUGUUACUGCUUUAUUUGUUACAAGUUGGCUUAUGAGUGGAACAUGGCUAGCAGGAAUGCUAACGGUUGCAUGGUUCAUUAUUAACAGGGUAGAUACAACAAGAAUUGAAUACUCCAUUCCUUUAAGAGAAAACUGGGCACUACCAUAUUUUGCAUGCCAAGUUGCUGCACUUACAGGCUAUUUAAAAAGCAACUUAAAUACUUAUGGAGAGAGGUUUUGCUACUUGAUGAUGAGUGCUUCAACUUACACCUUUAUGAUGAUGUGGGAGUACAGCCACUAUCUCUUGUUUCUUCAAGCAAUAUCUCUGUUCUUACUAGAUAGUUUUUCACUGGAGCAAAGUGACAAGGUUCAUGAAGUUUAUAGAAUCUAUAUAUUUUCUCUCUUUCUGGGAUAUUUACUGCAGUUUGAGAAUUCAGCGUUGUUGGUGUCUCCUUUAUUAAGUUUAGUGGUAGCCUUAAUGCUUGCUAAGUGCCUUCAGCUGAAUGUGAAGAAAGGAACUUUUGUAGCUAAAAUAAUGAAAGUGAUUAAUUUUUACUUGGUGUGUACUCUGACAGUGACAUUGAAUAUUAUAAUGAAGAUGUUUGUCCCACACAAAGAAAAUGGGCAUAUGCUGAAAUUCCUUGAAGUAAAAUUUGGACUAAAUAUGACUAAGAACUUCACGAUGAAUUGGCUCCUGUGUCAAGAAUCCCUGCAGACACCAUCUCAAGAUUUUUUUUUGCGAUUGACACAGUCAUCUUUAUUACCUUUCUAUAUUUUAGUGUUAAUUAUUUGUUUUCUUUCUAUGAUGCAAGUUAUUUUUAGGAGAAUGAAUGGUAAGUCCCUGAAAGAAACUGUUACUCUUGAAGAUGGACAAAUUGGAGAAAGGCCAGAAAUAAUUUAUCACGUGAUUCACACUAUUUUAUUGGGCUCUCUUGCAAUGGUUAUAGAAGGCUUGAAAUACCUCUGGACGCCUUACGUGUGCAUGCUGGCGGCAUUUGGUGUGUGUUCUCCUGAACUUUGGAUGACGCUUUUCAAGUGGCUUCGCUUGCGAACUGUACACCCAGUAUUGUUGGCUCUUAUUCUGAGCAUGGCUGUGCCCACUAUAAUAGGUCUCAGCUUAUGGAAAGAGUUUUUUCCAAGAUUAAUGACAGAAUUAACGGAACUUCAAGAAUUUUAUGACCCAGAUACAGUGGAACUUAUGACCUGGAUAAAAAGGCAAGCUCCCGUUGCAGCUGUGUUUGCAGGGAGUCCACAGUUAAUGGGUGCGAUUAAAUUAUGCACUGGAUGGAUGGUGACAAGCUUGCCUCUUUAUAAUGAUGAUGAUCUUCUCAAGAGAAAUGAAAAUAUCUAUCAAAUCUAUUCAAAGCGAUCUGCUGAGGAUAUUUAUAAAAUACUGACAUCCUACAAGGCUAAUUACCUAAUUGUAGAGGAUGCUAUCUGCAAUGAGGUGGGAACCAUGAGAGGCUGUAGGGUUAAAGACUUAUUAGACAUUGCAAAUGGCCAUGUGGUUUGUGAAGAAGGUGACAAGUUAACCUACUCAAAAUAUGGGCGAUUUUGUCAUGAGGUCAAAAUUAACUAUUCUCCAUAUGUGAAUUAUUUCACUAGAGUAUACUGGAACAGAUCUUACUUUGUUUAUAAAAUCAACACUGUGAUAUCCUUUCAGUCUUGAAAAAUAGCAAAGCCUUCAUUUCAAAGACUUAUACCACCUGAAGUAAAAUGCAGUUUUCUUCAACCCACGUGGCAUUUUUUGGAAAUUAGAGUAUGGACAUUUGAAAUGUUGCUGCUGCUUUUCCCCUCCUGCUGGUAACUGGAUCCAGGGUUCUGUGAGGAGCGGAAGAUCAGGGAUUACUGUCCUUUGGUAAAAUGUCAAGUCUGCCACUCGGCAAUAUUCCAGCUGGCUGUUUCCCUUACUGUGACGUGGUCUGUAAAGACUUUACCUUCUAAACUGUUGUAAAAUUUUCCUCAUGAAUCUUCAUUCUGUCAUAACACUGAUCUUGAAUUUGAAUAUGGUCAAGGGUAUAUCUCUUAAACAUAACAUUUAAUAAAUUCUUUAAGUGAUAUAGAAUAGAAGGAAAGAAUUAUUCUUACACUCAAGGCAGUUUCUGAAGAUACUUCAUGGUUUAUAACAGAAAUGAAAGAUGAUAAUAAAAAACUAAUUUAAAUGUUAGCUGAAAAUAUGUGGCAUUUAAAUUAAAAUGGAAAUUAUAUAAAGGAAAGUGAUUUUUAAGGAUAUAAAGAUAUAUCCAGAUUUUCCAUGAUAUUGCUCUCAUCUGUUGCUUAUAUAAGUGAGCACUUUUUUCGUACUAUAUAGUGCAUGAUAUUGCAUUUUAUUAUCUUAUGACUAAGUGAUUAGCUUUUUUCCCUUAUGCCCAUAAAUUUGAUACCAAUUUAAUCAUGAUAAAACAGUAACUCUUGUUAUCUAUAUAUUUUUUAAAACAGACAUUUAAAAGAAUGUUGUUCAGGUUUUUAAAAAAUAUGGAUAUAGGGUGUAUAAUCUAUUCACAUGUUUUCUACUCAAAUAUUAAGUAAAAAAUUAAAUCUUUAUCAGAAUAAGAAUAUGUACACUAAAAUGAGCAACAAUUUCUGGAGAUAUGUGUGGAUGCUGUUAAGCAUACCUCUGCAUACAGAUAUAUUUAUUACAAAACGCAAGUGCUAUUGUUUAUGAAACUGUGAUAUAGUCAUCAAAAUUAAGACAAAAUGACAAUUAUAAUAAAUUUCAUGGCACAGUUUCACAAUCUAAAUGCUAUGUUCCUUUAAGUUAAAUGUUUUCAUAUUUUUAAUCAUUUAUUAAAAGAUGUUUUAGAAUGAUUCAUUUGGCCUUAGAGAUUCAGGGUAGAUGUCUCAUUUUAAUGAGAUGGGUGUAUGUUUAGUUUUAUUCUAUACACCUGUUUAGUGAACAGGUUUUCAAAAUUUUCACUUGAGUGCUGUAAAAAUUACAAUUUCAUUACUCUAAAUUACUUCAUUAAAGGGAGCAACUUUCCGUUAUCUUUAUUUUCUGUAAUAUAUAUAUAUUUUUUUAAAGUAUAAAAGCACAUGCAUUCUUAGACUAGUUCUAGGAUGCUUUGCCCAUUUGGAGCUUAAGAAUUGUUGGAUGACAGUGUCAUAUAUCUGGUGCAUUAGUUUUAUUGGUUCUCAUUUCAUGCUUUUAUAUAAUUUUUAACAAUUAUAUUAAGAUCGCUGCAGGCAGGGUAUUUCAGGUUCUCUGUACAUCUUAAUAGUGAGUCACUAGUAUUUACCUUCAAGCCUUAUGAAAAUAUUACCAUAGUUACCUAAGUACACAGUGAAUAGUCACAUGGUAGUACUUGUGAUCAGAGCAUGGAAAACAAAUGUAAUUUAGAAGUCAGCUUGUAUAUUUUGAAAGGAAAAUAGAAAAACCUUCUUUCCAUGUAGCAUGAAAUAUUUAAUUGAAUUUUUAUUGAUUUAUAUUAUGAUUCAAUAUGCUGAAUUAGUUUUGAUUAUGUGUUUUUUGUGGUUUUUUUUGUUUUUUGACAUUGGUAGUUGCUUUUGCUUCUGUCAACUUA